AUGUCUUCUUGCAAGCACCAAGAAUGGAUUCAUAUGGUUCGAGGCGACCACCCUGUUUUAGAGGAUACGGGCUGCAUGUGUCGCCUGGUGGAGGAACUGCCUCGGGCAUCACAGCAGCACCUACGGCUGAUACAUUUCCUGGGUAGAGGUGCAAAAGAUGCCGCUAUUCAACAGCUAUUCCCCCAGCGACACCGGGAACAAAAAGGCUCCUCAAAGGAAAUUGUGCUGCAGUUGGAUGACCCUACUGCUAGCGAGAAUAGUCCUCUUAUGCUGCUUUUUCUUUUCUGUGAUGUGAUCUGCAUAUUUGCCGAUGAUUUCCCCAGCCUAGGUGCGGCAAUCACCCGGGUGGAAUCUUGGGCUGAGAUUGGCAGUGCAUCGACCCUGCCACCUGCCGUCCGUCCGAUGGUUAUGAUUAUUACCUCUGAGACAAGUGGGCCAACAGCGGACAUCCUCCCAGGCGGCGCAUGUAUCGAUGCAUCCUUCUCCUCCCUGGAUGUGGUUCAUUUCAACAUCAACCAACGAUCCUCAGUUCAUCAGCUGAAAGAGGAGAUUCUUUGCCGGGCUGCAUUGGCACAUAUCACACGCCAGCAAUACCACUGUUUGUUUUCAGCGCUGCACCUGACUGAAUUAUUUCAAGAUGCAAUAACGCAUGCUUCUAACAGUACCAUUGAUCCAUUUGAUUUUGCGUUAGCAACUCGGAAAGAGCUCGAAACUCAACAGGACAAAGUGGACCAUCUUUCCAUUUUUUUGAAGCUCGCGAUGGAUAACAGACUACCUUAUGAUGCCAUAUCUUCUGUUGUUGCCUCGAGUGGAUUUCCUCAGAACAUGAAUUGGUUUGUCCAGCAACAAGGUCUUGAUGCUCACUUUGGCACUCACGGCGCUCCUAGUACUCUCAAGUGCAGCGCAUGUGACCAGUGCCCCUAUAAAAUUUGUCUCAAGCGGAAAUCAAAUACGUUGCCAAAAACAAUGAGAAAGCGCACGCGGAUUAGUUGA